GUGGGCAUUGUAAAGCGUCUGCGCCGAAAAAUAAGUAAAUCAAUCUCGGUAAACGAAGGCGAGAAGAAAAUAAGGGUCAGGCAUUUUCAAAAGAGACGUCAGACGUGUUAGGAGUGUCAGUCAAGAAAACCCGUCCUGAAUAUCUGAUAUCAGGGCGUCAUUUCUUUUCUUUUUUUUUUUAUGUUUCUCUCUUUUUCAGACUCGUAAAAACGAAAUACAAAAGAAAAACGAGUGAGACAGGUUUUUUUGUAUUUUUACCGCAACACAUUGCACGUACUUUUUGUUCGAAUUCUAUUUUUCUUCAAAUGAAAAACGCCCCUCUUUGAAAGAAAACAAACUAAAUAUCAUCAAGACAUGUCAAACCAGCCGUCUGGAACAGAUUCAGCUUUCUAUGUAAAAGACCUGCUCAACGAUCGUCACUUGAAGCAAUGGGAAAAUCUUUCGAGACGAAACUUGCUGGACCUGCUGAACCGCAUUGGACUCAAACGCAAAAGUGGAGCGGCCAAUCAACGUGCACUGUCUCGCGUUGAUUGCAAGUCAAUCCUAGCGCUGAUGGCAUUCUUGCUCGUAAUUCAACCGCAUUACUCACCGUUCAUUUGGCGAUCCGGCUCGGCUUUGCUGUCGGCAUUUCUGGCCGGCCGCGAUAACGACCAGUGCAUUGUGGCCAUGCCAGUCGACACGAAAAAUGUCUUCCGCCCUCCGGUGGAUUGCGAUUUUUGUCGUGACGUUCAUCAAGUCGACAUAGUCCAGCACAUCAGUCCCGAAGAUUUCGAAUCGACUUAUGCUUACAGCGGACGGCCGGUGAUUGUGAAAGAUGCGCUGGCCAACUGGACGGCCGUCGAUGUGUUUAGCUACGAGUUCUUCAGCGAGCUGUACACGAAAGAUUCGAACGCGUUGGCAUCCAGAUCUCAUCGAUGUCAAUUCUUCCCGUACAAGACGGAAUUCCGUUCGCUGGAAGAGGCUUUGACGAUGAGCGAACAUCGUAAAUCGAAUCAGCCUUGGUAUUUCGGAUGGAGUAAUUGCGAUUCGGAAACGGCCGACAUCUUGCGAAACCACUAUUCUAGACCUUACUUUCUACCCGAGCGUUCCGAGUCGUCGCGAACUGAUUGGAUCUUCAUGGGGACGGCCGGAUUGGGUGCGCACAUGCACGUUGAUCACGUCAGCUUACCUUCAUGGCAAGCGCAAUGCCGAGGGAAGAAAGUGUGGUCACUGGAACCACCUCCGGAAUGUCACUACCAAUGUCAAUCGAUGGAAGUCACGGUGGAAGCUGGCGAUACCAUUGUCUUCGAUACCAAUAUUUGGUAUCACAAGACUAACGUCGUCUCCGAAGAGGUUAGCAUCACCAUCGGCUCCGAAUACGACUGAAUGCAUUAAGGAUGUACACAAUUUUUUAAAAUAUUUUGAUCAAUCACGAUUUGUAUUUGGCGUUGAUGUACACAUCAAGUGUAUCGAAUUAAUUAUUUUAAUGUGAAACGUUUAGAUUUGUUU